AUGCCCUCCCUGUCCCAAACCUUUACCCGCCAAGAGGUGCGCGAGCAUACCUCCGAAGACUCCCUCUGGUGCAUCAUCGACAGCACAGUCUACGACCUGACCGAUUUUGUCGACGCCCAUCCCGGCGGCGAGGCCGUCCUCCGCCAGGUCGCCGGCCAGGACGCCACCCAGGCCUUCUACAACCUCCACCGCCACGAGGUCCUGCGCAAGUACGAAGACCUCGCCCUCGGCACCGUCGACGGCGAGCAGCCCCAGGUCAUCUCCCCGCAGCCCGGCGACCUCAGCAAGGUCCCCUACGCCGAGCCCCUCUGGCUCUCCCCGCCCUUCCGGAGCCCCUACUACGGCGACUCGCACCGCCGCCUGCAGCGCGCCAUGCGCGAGUUCACCGACGAGCACCUCGUCCCCGAGGCCCAGGAGUGCGAGACGACGGGCAGGUACAUUAGCCAGGACAUGAUUGACCACAUGAGCCGCCUCGGCAUCUUGCACAUGCGCCUUGGCCCGGGCAAGCACCUCCACGGCGUCGACUUGAUGAACGGCGCCGUCAAGGGCGACGAGUUUGACUACUUCCACGACCUCAUCGUCGCCCAGGAAAUGACCCGCACCAUGACUAGGGGCUUCCAGGAUGGCAACAUGGCCGGCAUGACCAUCGGCCUCACGGCCGUCCUCAACUUUGCCCGCGACGAGGCAUGGAAGAAUAAGAUUGCCGGCGAGGUCUUUUCCGGCAAGAAGAAGCUGUGCCUCGCCAUUACAGAGGCCUUUGCCGGGUCAGACGUGGCCGGCCUCCGUACCACGGCCGAGUUGACGCCCGACGGAAAGCAUUAUAUUGUCAAUGGCACCAAGAAGUGGAUUACCAACGCCACCUGGUGCGACUACUUUGUCACCGGCGUCCGCACCGGGAACUCGCUGAGCGUCAUGCUCAUCGAGCGAGGCGAGGGCGUCGAGACUAAGGCCAUCAAGACGUCCUACUCCCCGGCCGCCGGGACCGGCUACAUUACUUUCGACAACGUCAAGGUCCCCGUCGAGAACCUUCUGGGCGAGGAAAACAAGGGCAUCCACGUCAUCCUCAGCAACUUUAACCAUGAGCGGUGGACCAUGGCUUGCGGUACUGUCCGCGCGUGCAGGAUGAUUGUCGAGGAGUGCCUCAAAUGGGCGAAUCAACGCCUCGUCUUUGGCAAGCGCCUCGUCGAUCAACCCGUUAUCCGCCAAAAACUGGCCAAGAUGAUCGCCCUCGUCGAGGCCAACCAGUCGUGGCUCGAGACAGUCACCUACCAAAUGUGCCACAUGCCCUACAAGCAGCAGGCCCAGCACCUCGCCGGCCCCAUUGGCCUGCUCAAGAUGAGCUGUACCCGCGCCGCCCACGAAAUUGCCGACGAGGCCGUCCAGAUUUGGGGCGGCCGCGGUCUCACCCAGACGGGCAUGGGCAAGCACAUCGAAAUGUUCAACCGCACAUACAAGUUCGACGCCAUCCUCGGUGGUGCCGAGGAGGUCCUGGGCGAUCUCGGCGUCAGGCAGGCCAUGCGCAAUUUUCCAAAGGCCAUGCUGUGA